AUGAUGGCCCAGCUGCGGCGGCCCAGAGACGCCCUGCUGGUGGAUUCGCUCUACAGCAGCAGCAGCACGUCGCAUCCACGCUUUGCAUGGGUGCCGCCGCCGCAUCACCGACCGCCGCCGCCUCUCCCCUUCUUGGCCCUGUCGUCGGCGGCGGAGCAGCAGCACCAAGUCGGCCCUGGUCCCGGCGCGGGGACACAGCAGCAGCAGCUACUAGUAGAGCCGCGGCAGCAGCUAAUAAUGCCACCUGUAGAGCAACAGCAGCAGCAAAACCACCAUUGGCCCCCGGCGCCGGCGGCAACUGAAGCGGCAUCAGCGGCAGCAGCAACAGCAGCAGCAACAGCGGGAUUCGCCGCUGUCAACGGCACCCCACGGCCCCCCAUUGCGGGAGCCGACAUCACCAACACAGGCACCACAACCGACGCCAACAACACCACUGCUGCCACUGCUGCCACUGCCACUGCCACCAUCUCCUCCUCCUCCUCCUCCUCCUCCUCCUCCUCCUCCUCCUCCUCCUCUUCCUCCUCCACUGCUGUCCCCCACCCCUCUGCCGGCGGCAGCAGCAGCAACAGCAGCAACAUCGACAACUUAAACACAACCACCCCCAGCAGGCGAGGCGCCGCCAUAAAAAAUAGCGGCACCGCCCGCGCAGCCACCUCGCCCCCAACCUCGUCGGCCUCGUCGUCGCGAAGCAUCUCGCCGCGCUUGAGCAAGCCCAAGAUCAAAUCAAAGCCCGCGGCAGCCAUGCCCGGCCGGCCCGCCAAACGGUCGGCCGACGGCGACGACGACGGCUCCGCCUCGACCUCCCGCUUCAAGCUGCCUCGCACCGACGACUUUUCUUCCGUCGUCAAGAACCGCCUGCAGUCGUACACGCGCACGGGGCAGGCCUGCGACCGGUGCAAGGUCCGCAAGAUUCGAUGCGACGCCCUGCCCGAGGGCUGCUCCCACUGCAUCAAUCUCAACCUCGAGUGCUUCGUCACCGACCGCGUCACCGGCCGCACCGAGCGCAGGGGCUACAUGCAGGAGCUCGAGCGCGAGAAGAACGGCAUGCUGGCCCACAUCACCGACCUCGAGAAGAUGCUGCGCGACUCGGGCGUCGAGGUCAAGCCCUGGCAGGGCGCCGCCUGGGCCCAGUAUCCCCCCGAUGUCACCAUCGACGACAUGGGCCACGCCGUCCACGAUGCCGCCUCCAAGGACGAUUGGUCCCAGGUCGGCUCGUUGUGGGUUAAAAACGCCGCCUCCAAGCCGCCUCCUCCUCCGCCAAACUUUCCCCGUAACCAGUGGCAGUCGAGGCCGCAGCAGAACCACCUCGGCGUUGGGCCCGACAACGCACCCUUGAGCUCCAUCAGGGGCACCAAGCUCUCCCUGCUCGGAACAACCAUCGACACCACUUCCUUUGACGCCCCGGACAUGGACGAGCCCGGCCACGACGCCCACGUCUCGGCUCCUCUCUACAACAAGUCGGUCCAAGCUUUCCUCCAGUCCUGCAUGGGCGUCAACCCCCCCGUCCACGUUGACCUUCCCUCUCGCGAUAAUGCAUUCACCUACGCCGAGUGGUACUUCAUGGCAAUCGGUGUCUUCCUGCCCGUCCUCCACAAACCAUCCUUUAUGCGACUGUUGACGAGUAUCUACGACGAGCCCAACUUUAAACCUUCGGUCCCGGACCUCGUCAUUGUGCACAUGGUCUUUAGCACAAUCUUCUUCCACUGCGGUGUGCGUAAUCGGCAGCAGACGGAACAGCGCAACAACCUCAAUGACUUGUCCAACAAGCACUACCACUUUGCCCUCGGCAAGAUCUACGAUCUGCUCGGCUCCCAAGAGCUGGUCGCCGUGCAGGCCUUGGCCUUGAUUGCCCUGCACACGCGGGCAUUUCCCAAGCCCGGAUGCGGCUCCAUUGUGGCCAGCAUGGCCCUGCACCGCGCCCUGGAGCUGAAUCUGCAUCGGUCGUCUAGGACGCCAGGCGCGGGUACCGAUCUCCAGAACGAGCUGCGGAAGCGGACAUGGUGGGUGAUUUUGACCGUCGUGGUGGCCAUCAACGGGAGGCGUGGAUGUCCCCUGCCCGUCAACGUCCAGGACUUUGAUACGGAAUUCCCCGAGCCCAUCGCCGACGAGCUCCUCACGGAACAAGGCGUCGACACAUCACAAACCCUUCCGUGCCCUUAUCUGGCAGGGCUUGCCGGCUUCAAGAUUGUCCCGCUCUUCAUGGAAAUGUACGCCAACAUAUACAGCGUUCGCAGGGACGCGCAAAACUACGUCAACGUUGUCAACGCCCUCGAAGCCCAGCUCCAGCAGUGGGAGGCCGAGCUCCCCGACAGCUUGAGGAUAGGCGUCUCCGGUGACCUCGAGACUGCCUCGGCCCCGGCUAUAUACACGCGCACAUUCGCACUCGAGCUGCGACUGUGCCUGCGCCAUCCCUCGGUGGCCAUGACCACCGACCGGGCCAUGAUGGCGGACAACACGCGCGUCUGCGAGGAGACGGCUCGCGAGUUCCUGCUCUGCAUGACUCAGCUGUACAGGAUGAAGUCACUGGACACGACGUGGUAUCAAAUGUCGGUGUAUGGAGUGAGCAUUUUUUCGAUGCUGGUCGCGCAGUGGGAACGGCGGUUUGAGACUACACCAGACCAAGUGUCGUCGCUACGCCAGGAUAUGCAAAGCUGGAUGGCAAUUGUCAGGGAAACAAGCCUGCUCUUAGGCUGCGGAACUGGCAUCAGCAGCCAGAUUGGACAGAUCAUUGAACGCACAAUCGGCUGGAUAGAGCACGACAUGCAGCGCAUCGAAGCAAAGAAGUCGUCCCCACCGGCGCCGACAGCUAUCAAGCAAGAAGACCAGCUGUCAGCGGCAGUUGCGUACCAGCCCGGCCACGCCAGCGAAGGCGUGCCCAAUGGCACGCGCGUCGGUCGAGGGGAAGCGCCGUCCAAGGGAUACUAUCAAGAGCCUGGCCUGAAUGGCCAGACGCAGUGUCCUCCAUUGGCCUACGAGAAUCAACCCCAAGGCAGCGCGUCCGCAUCCGUCUACCCGUCGGAGCCGGGAAUGUAUUACAACGCGACCCCCGCCGCGGCCGUCGUGCCGAACAGCUCUGCGCAGCCCAGCCCCAUGCCGACGUUUGUUUCUCAGCCGCCGCAGCACGUCGCUACGCAGGCCCCGACCGAUAUGAUGUGGCAGGCCAGUAGCGGCAAUACGUGGCAUGACUGGACGGCCGCCAUCGCGGACUGCCAGGAGCGAUACAGCGCCAACGCGCUCCUGGCUCUCGGCAACACGGGGCGAGGGGCCGUGACGAGUCCGUCGGUGCUGGCCGAUGGCACAGUCGGACAGGCGGGCGGCGAAAUGGGCAUGGUUUCGGCGGGAGCUCAAUGGCCGCUGAUCAUGUUUGACCAUACGACACAAGGCUGA